CUAGAUAAAUAUGAACACAAACUGCUUGACAGUUGCCGUUAAUGGAGGAGUUUCAGGAUCAGUUGAGCGGUGGACCAAGUUAGUGGUGAUGGACCAGAGGCUGUAUACAGCAGCUAUACCACAUAUUCUAUUAUUCUUAAUCGUAAGACUCCAGGAUGAGAGAGAGAGCAGAGGGGGAGGAAAGAAAUGUACAAGAAGGGCAGAACUCAUGAUGUCUGGAUGGAUCGUGCUUGAGAAACGAAGGAGGAGCUGGGCAUCACAGGAUUAUAAUCGGGAAGAUGCUGGCCAAGAGUUUGUGAGUGGGUUGGUGUCUGUCAAGCAUGGCAGUCCUUCUGAAAUCGGUGAUUAUUUGGUUAACACUUUUAAUCACUGCUUUGCUUGGAGACAUCCUUGUUGAGAAAAUUACUCUGGAACUACCACCCAAAUCGCUGCUCAGAGCUACAGAUACAGCAGUACAUGGUCUAAUUGGAGGAUUCUCCUUUUGGUUGACUUGCAUUCUUUGUCCUGACCUAGUGCUGGAUGUAUCCUAUGUGCUUUCAUGUCUUGGAUUUGAGAACAAAUGGAACAAGCAAAGGAUCAUAUUAGUUGACAUUAUAUUCAACUUUAGUGUGGCCUUCAUGGUGUCCUGCAUAGUGGAUCUGGACCAUAUUUACAAGGAUAUUAUUCACUUGAUAAUUACUGAACCACGUGUACCAUGGAUGAGAGGUUUUCUUCACUACUCAUUGCCUCCACUUGUUCUGACUUUUAUUCUCUACAUCUCGGCUGUUGUCAAGCAUUCCAUGGAGUGUUUGAAAUUGGGUACACUUAUAGUGGUAUGCAUCUUUAGCCACCACGUACGUGAUGGGAUGCAUCAUGGUUUGUGGUUUCAACCUUUAGGAACAACUUCCCAGCUUCCUCAGUGGUUGUAUAUUUUCAUAACACAAAUGUUACCACUGGGAACUAGUGUAAUUGCCUCCAUUCUUUUAUCGAGAGUGAAACCCAGUGUAUCUCUACCUGAUGAAAUGUACAUUGUAUAAAAUGGAACAUGCAAGCAACAAUAAAUAUGAUUAUUAA